AGGCGGGACCUGCCCACAUUGCUAUACUGGCUCGAGUAGGAGGCGAGUUGAUAGGACUGACAGAAGGAGCCCACGCUAAGUGAAGUUGUGUGGUGGAGGUGAACACGAGAAACAUGUGGGUUUAGUUUAUUCGCAGAUUCUGCUGAUGUAACUAUCCAACGGAAUUGUCACUGGAGAGCACCAGGAACUGCUGCCAGCGUAUUGGACCCAAGCAGGCAGAGGUGGUAGGAGCACUGACCACGCCCGGAGUGGAGAGUGGGGAGCCUGACCAAGCAGAGCGCGGGGUGGAUGGGCUGCAGUGUAGUGUUACUCCAGAGGCUAAUAAUAAGGAGUGAACACGCACACACUUUUACAUGGACCCAGAGCUCUGUCUCCUCUCACAGUAACUCUGUGAAACUGAGGCAGUAUCCCAGGAGCACGUGCUCUGCGUCCUGGGGGAGGCGACAUCGAAUGUAACCGCAGCGUGCCGCGCCAGUGGAAUGUGGGAUAGACCCCCGUCUCAUCUCCAGGACGACGGCAUCGCCGUGAGGCUAGGGGCGGGGCCAUGGUGAUGUCACAGGGCACCUAUACCUUCCUGACCUGCUUCGCAGGGUUCUGGCUGGUGUGGGCACUCGUGGUGCUUCUCUGCUGCUUCUGUAACUCCCUGCAGCGCAGGCUGAAGCGCCAGAGGGAGAGGAGGCUCCGCCAACACAUCCUGGACACGCCCCCUGCUGGGGAGCCCCCGCACGGCACCGCCCCUCCCCCCGCCCAACAGGGGAGCUGGACCGCGGCACCAGAUCUUUCCGGAAAGCCCCCGAGCUACGAGGACGCCGUGCUGAUGGAGGACCCCCCACCCCCCUACAGCGCAAUCCUGGGUGACGCCCGUGGGGGAACGUGCCCCGAUCCCGAGGGAAGGACACCCAGAGAGCCGGAGAGCUCCGAGACCAGUAAGCCGGCCCCUGACAGCAAGCUUUCCAAGCGGGCCGGGCGGGGCUACUCCUCUGUCAUACAUCUCCCCACGGCUGUACACUGUGAAUCCAGAGGCCCACUCCUCUCCACCCUGGAGCUGAACUGCAACAACCUCCCCAACCGCGGUCUCGCACCUGGGACCAUGUCCAACCCUGUCCUCGCCCCUGGGACUACGCCCACUGACCUCAGACUGGGCCCACCCCUGCUGGACCGUACCUACGCCCUGCCUACUGCCUUUCCUGUUUUUGGAAGGAGUACGGCAGUGUGACUGACCCUUACUGUGGGACUGACCCAGACAUACACUGUCACACACACAAACAUACACACACUUACCAUUUUUCUCUCUCUCUUACACACACACACACACACACACAGUGGUUUAUAGGAUCAAUAUAGCACAAUGUCAUUACAAACCAAAUCACCAAAAUAUAUGAAACAACAAAAGCUGGGUAUAUUAAUAAUAUAAGCAACAGUAUUUUAUAACUAUUUCUUCCUUGUAUUUUAUGGGCACAAUGGAAUGGUUUACAAAGUGGCAUCCACAAUAUACUUUGAACUUAUGAAAAUAUAUGUGCAACUGUGAAUUGGCUGAAAGCAUCAGUUUAGGCAAAAGUUCCUUAUCCAAAGGUUAGUAAGCGAGAGAAUGUUUUAGUUCUCUCAGGUAAGUGCCAAAUGAGACAGGGCUGGGAGCGUAUUCCUGUUAAUAAGCCUUCAGAACCACCGACAGCUGCUCAUAAUUUUCUAGACCUCUGGGAGUUGGCUUAAGGAUUUUCUUAAAUGUGAAAAAUUGCUAAACAUGGCCCAAUAUAUUUUGCAUGGCCAUGUUGUUGAGGUUCUUUUGAACCGUUUAUUUUAUCUUAAGUUCAGGUAUUGAAAAGUCUUUCCUGCUUCUCUCCUUUAAUCUCUGCCAUUGUGAAUCAGUCUUACUUCCACAGUAUUGAUGUACAAGCCUGUUGGCCUAUGGCACAUAUCAAGCGAUAGUGUGACACAGUGUUAACCUGUUGGAGGAGAAAUCCUCUCUCCUCUGCUCCUGAAGACCCACAGGAUUGGAUGGUUUUCAUUGUUACUCAGCACUUAAUUGAUCAAUUAAAGCACUAAUCAGCUUUCUUAAUUGGGUGCUGAUUUGCUAGCAGAUCCUGUGGCUUGCCAUGGCUGGAUUUAGAGACCCCUGCUAUAAAAAUGAGUUGUAAUUAAGUCAAUGAAAAAAUGCCACUAGCCCCCUGCACUGCACUUAUAAAGAUUUAAGCACUCAGCACAGUCUUGAUAUCAGGUUCUGAAAUAUGUAGAAAUGGCAUGUUUAAACUGUGAAUUAUACAAUGUUUUUUAUUUCAUAUUACAGUAAUUAAACAGCAUAUGACUAUACUAUA